AUGACCAGCUCCGACAAGCGGCGGGGUGCUGCCGCAGCCGCCGCCAACAGCUCUCACAACACGAUCCGCUCUGCCGCCUCGUCGCGAAGCAGCAGCAUCAUCGCGCCACCUCCGCGGGCCCAGCUCGGCAGCUCGUCUGCCUCCACUUCGUCGGCUGCGGACAAUGACGACGCGAGCAGCAUCCGGGAGCAACGCGAAGGGAGCAUAAAAGAGCAGCGCGAGGGCAGCAUCAAAGACAAGGACUACUCGUCGAGCUCGGGCUCGGGCUCCGGCUCAACGGCUGCGCUGCUGCGGGAAAAGGACGAGAAGAUUGCCGAGCUCAAGCGCGGCCUGGUCGAGAUCGAGGCCGAAUUUGCCCGCCAGGUCGAGCGCCUGUCCCAAAACGAGAGCGAGACGGCCGCCUUUUGGCAGGCCAAGCAUUCGGCGCUGAACCAGCAGUUUCUGCGCACCGAUACGGAGCUCCGUUUGCUGCGCGCCGAGAUUGACGUCCGCGAGGGCGAGCGCGAGGAGCUCAAGGAGGGCUGGGAGAUACUCAAGCGCGAGAUCAAUGCCCGCGACGACGAGAUCCGGAGAUUGAGGACCGAUCUGAUGGGCCUCAAGAAGUGGCUGAGCACAAGCACGCGCACCGAGGAGCAGGAAAGCGAUGACCUCUUUGCUGGAGACAUGGCAAGGUUAGGAAACGGUCUGCAGGAGUGGGCAAUUCAACAUUUCAGACGGGCAAAGAUUGUCGCAUCAAAAGCGAGCGAGUCUGUCCAAGAUGAACUUGCUCAACUCGUUCCCAUGUACGCAGACUUAUCUAAAACUGCCAAACUUCCGCUACUGCAAUCCAUCAUCUCUACGAUAUUAGUUGAGAUGAUAUUUGGUGCUUAUUUUGUCGGAUUGUCAAAAGAUCAGGCGAGAAAUUUAAAGCAAACAGAGGAAUGUCUUGCAUCUCUGAGUGGCGAGGAGUCGUCCAAUCAAUGGCGUGCCGUAACUCUGACCAUGGUUCGGAAGGAAGCUGCCCAAAAGUUACAAGCAGAGACAACUGUUGUUGUUGAGGAUGUCAUAUCGAGGGUAAACCGGAUCUUGGUACCGAUCACGGAUGUCGAAACAACAGAAGCACGCGACCAAGCGUUACGCAGUCUCGUUCAAACUUCUGUUGAAUUAUCAAGAAGGCUGGCAGUACAGAAAGCUGCGUUCAAAGUGACAAUGCCGCAAAUUCUACCACAUCAAAAGACAUUGUUUGACCCUUCCGAAAUGGAAGAUAUUGGAGGCGAGGAUGAAGAGAGCCUCAUUGACCGGGAGAUAUGCUGCGUCACGUUCCCCAGCGUCACAAAGUCCGGAGACGAGCAUGGUUCUCACGCCCAUUUCCGCAAUGUAGUGUCCAAAGCCAGAGUGCUUUGUAGACCCGAAUAA